AUGCCCGGCUUACAACAUGCGGGCGUCACAAAGGGCCUUAUGAUGCUCCUUGGUAUCACCACAAUAACAACAUCGUUACUAGGCAUCAAGCCCUACUUACAUCUGCAAUUCGUCCCGCACAUGUCACAAUACCACCAAUAUUGGCGCAUUCUUACCCACCCAUUCGCAUUCGUAAAUUCAGCAGAGCUGCUCAUGGGCGAACUGCUGCUGUACAAAGCCAGUACGCAUGUUGAAAGGUAUGAUCGCCAGGCAUUCAUCACGAAAUCCUUCAUCCUGGUCUCUUCGGUUCUCUCCACGUUACUCGCCUGUGCCACCAUCAUCAUUCUCCAUCCCUUCGGCAUACGGUCUGUACCAGGGGGGCCGUAUGGUAUCAUUUUCAGUCUACUAUGGCAGUACUACCGCAUUCUCGUUCUCUCCAAACCACCCUCUUCUACUCUCAUGUCUCUCCUCGGCCUCCUCACAGGUUACAUCUACCGCACCUCCACCCUCUUCCCUCUUCCUUCCUUCUCCCUCCGCAGCCGCCGCCUCCUCGUACGCUCCUCUCUCAAAGACUACCGUAUCUCUCAACCGCUCUUUGACCUCUUGGCCCGGUUCUUUGGACCUCUAGUUGGAGAGUCGGCUGGGCCCAGGAAUGCAGAGAGGGUAUUACCAGGGCAGGUGAAUGAGAGGGUACCGGGGAUUGAAGACCUCGCUGCUCGGGCGAAUACUGCUACAGCAAGAGGUGCUGAUCGCCGUUCCCUGCGCGCCAUGCUCGCCAGCCGGCUCCAAGCGGAGCAACCUGCCGCCCCAGGCGACAAUUCCUCUUCCCCAGCUGUGCGUACCGCUACAGUAGCUGAGGAAGAUACGAAUAGAGAACCGGCAAGUACCACAGCAGCUAUGGGCGAGUGGGUUAGUGAGAUGACUGGCAGGAGCGGGGCGAGGGCGCCAACGGAAGAGGAGAUUGAGACCUUGAGAGGAAUGUUCCCGAAUAGUGGGAGGGACGCGAUUGUCAGGGCACUUCAGAGAAACGACAACAAUACUGCCCAAGCGGUGGAGGCUUUGUUGGAACAGGCAGACUAA